UCAGUUAUUGGCUCAUUCAAACAGUGUUUACUGCGCAAGCGAUUCUCCACAUCAUAAGCCAUUCACCAUACGUGACCAACGGCAGCAUUCGUAUUCCAGUAUCAGACGCGUUCAAGACGCCGGUGAACUAUCACUCUGAUCGAGGUAGCGAUUAUUUGAAACGAUAUUUUUCGUAUAUCGUGUGAUAACUGUGCUAAAGCAUGGCGACAGAAAUAGCGCAACUUCUUCAUUUAAAGGCCUUUGAUCGUGUCUUGGAAUUACCUACUGUUGAAUUGGUACUCGUCAAAUCCGUAGAGACUUAUUCCAGGGUAAAAGAUUCGAAUCAGCUAGUGCACUGGGCAUUCACCUUUGCUGAGAUGUCACUUAACGUCGCGUCAAAACCAGCAGCAUUUAUGAUGCCUAUAGCCGUGCCUAUAGCAAAGAUGCUUGAAAGUCCUAUAAACUUCGUCGAUUACACAUUAUGUUUUGGUCUCGACAAGAUUGAACAAAAUAUACCGAUAGUGAAGGAAAAACCUGAAGUGAUCUUGAAAAAAGCGACAUUGAGUAUUUCGCAUAUAAAUGAUUUAAUUAUCAUACAAGCAACAACUGUGCGAGACAUCAGCUGGAAUAAAACCAACCAAAUUCUCGAUACGCAUUAUGGCAGUGCGGCUGUGAGAGGUUUAGAUAGCACGGCUGCUAUCAUUGAUAAGCUCAUUGACAAAUUUUUCCCCGCAAAACAAGAAGAAAUUAAGCAAGACUUACAAGAAGAGGAUAAAUUGUUACGUACUUUACAAACAUUAGGUCACUUGUCCAAUAAAGCCGCUCGACGUGUGUAUUUUAACAUAAUACAUCACUUGAAUAUCAUCAACAAAUAUAGUUUAUUAAUAGAUUAUAUCAGCAAUUUAGUUAAAUUUCUUCGAUUUACCAAGUAUCUCAACACAGUUGACAAAAAAAUACUGCUUGUUAACGACAAAAAAAAAGAAGAAUCACAAGAAAAACAGAAGAAUGAAUAAUUUUAAUUUUAAAUC